GUGAUGACACGUCAGUAAAGCACUCGGCUUAGCCUGGCAGCCAACCAGCCAGCCAGCCAGGGAGGGGACGUGACGAAACUUUGUGUAUACAUUGUAUUCUUUGGCUAUAACUAUCUAGAUAAAGGCGAUAUGAUAACAUAUAGAAGGCAGGUUGUGGGAGUGUGGUUGUGGUGGACGGUAUUAAGAGCGGCGGGACAAGGACCUUCCCAUAUGGGGGAGCACCAACACCAGCUGCAGCAGCAGCAACAGCAGCAACAGCAGCUGUUGAAGCAACAAGAACAGCAGCAGCUGCUGAAUCAACAGCAGCAGCAACAACAGCAGCAGCAGCAACAGCAGGAUGACCCCCAGAGUGUCAAAGGUGUUCUGGAGGCCAUAAUCAAGGUGGCCGUGAGCAUGUGGGAUAAGAAGAAGCUGGAGCAUGUGGCAGACCUGCGUCGCACCGUCCGCCAGACUGGGAGGCAAGUGAGAGACAUCUCGGCCUACCUCUAUCCUGCCCUCUCCUACGCCUCCCUCCUCACACAGGUGGUGUCGCUGACUCCAAUCUUGGUGUCGGCGGUAGUGUCGGCAGUGUCGGCGGUGGUGUCGGCAGUGGGUCUGGGGGUGUCUUGGACAGGCACAGGGAUCGCCUACAGCGGCCAAGCUGUCCACUUCGUUGGCAACCUCAUAGAGAAAUUUGCUUUGAAGGUUCCGGCAGUGAUGACCAUGGUUGUGUUAACUGGCAUCUCGCUUCUCUUCAUGUACCCAAAUCUUCAAGAACGGUUCUUCGCCAACCUCGCUUCAUAUGGGCUUGGGCUGGCGGGGAUGAUGGCGACUGGGGUCAGGUCCUUCGUACCGGAUGACACGGUGUGGGCGACCUUCAUUGACACCUUCCACAAUUUCGUCCUCACUCUCAGGAACAAUCUUGUCGUUUGAGCUCUAAGCCUCUGGCGGCUGUGUUUUGAUUUCACGCGUCAUCAGUGCGCCUGGUAUGAAAACCUUUACAUAUAUAAGCCUGUGUACCUGGCCUCUGAAUCCAACUCACUGCAGCUGACCCUCUACAGUAACCGUCCCCCUGACCUGAACCCCCCCCUGUACCUGACCAUCCCCCACCCUGUACCUGACCCUCCCACCCUGUACCUGACCCCCCCCCUGUACCUGACCCCCCCCCUGUACCUGAC